AGUGUCGGCCUGCGUUUGUGUGUGUGUGUGUAUGUGUAUUCUCUAAGUAUCUCUGACAGGUCAACUUUGGACAGCACUGGGUCUCACAGAUAACAUGGAUCUUGCUGACGCUCACACCAAUUGUCCUGGUCAGCAGGGGAAUGGCAUGUGGCCUGCUCAGCCCUGCCCUCAGCAGGGGCAGCCAUGCUGGCCGUGCCCCCAACCCCUACUACCCCCCGACCACCUGGCCAGGCCCCACCCAGCCAGCUCAGCCCACCUGGCCCGCCCCUUCCCAGCAGCCCGCCGCGCCAACCCAACCAGCACAGCCUACCUGGCCCAUGCCACCACAAGGCCAGCCCAGUCAGCCAGCUCAGCCCACCUGGCCUGCUCCUGCUCCUGCACCAGCACCAGCACCAGCUCCAGCUCCGGCUCCCCCUGCAGGCCAGCAGACUCAACCCACUCAGCCCAGCUGGCCUGCCCCCACCCAGCCUCCGGCACAGCCACCCCACUCCAGCUGCACCCCCUCCAACCCCUGCCCCCCAGGGUACGUCCCCGCCGGGACGCCCUCCUCUGCCUGGCCUGGUAACCCUGGACAGCCAGGCUGGCCUGGUCAGCCAGCACCGGUUCCCGUACCAGUGUGGCCUGGACCCACACCAGUAGGUCCAGUGGGAGUCCCAUACAACCUGAACUUCCCCAGAGGAGUCUAUGACAAGCUGAUGCUCACCAUCACCGGGCAGGUGAAGCCCAUGGCCAAGAUGUUCACGGUGAACUUUCUGCGUGGGAACGACAUCGCGCUGCACAUCAACCCGCGCUUCAACGAGGGGGGCAAGCAGAUCCUGGUCAGGAACCACCGGCAGGGGGAGCGCUGGGGGAAGGAGGAGCGCAAUAUCCAGGGACCCUUCCCCUUCGCCCCUGGCCAGCCCUUUGAGAUGAAAAUUCUGGUCACGUAUAACGAGUUCAAAGUGGCGGUGAACGGAGCGCAGGUGUUUGAGUUCAAGCACCGCAUCCGAGAGCUCAACCAGAUCGACCGCCUGAACAUCCUACAAGACAUCAAUCUCACGUCCAUCAACCUGCAGAACAUGCCCUGAGCUCUGACCGAGGUUUCAAACGCAUCUUUUUGUUUCACUGUUUGCAAGCCUUGCACUGACAAAAUAAAUGUCAUGAUAUAGUUUAAUGUGCAUUUUGAUACUGCGUAGUAAGUGGUUCAGUACAGUAGUAAGACAUUUGAAUGAAAGUGUUCUUGUGCAUACAGUAUGUCAGCCAUACACAUCCCCAUCAGGAUUCGCUACAUUUCAUAUACAUCUAUCUAUUGUGUUUUGAAUGGCAAUACUUGUUAGCAGUAUCAGUGAGAGCCUUGUUGGUCUUUCUUUAUUGAGAUACGCCUUGUUGUUUUUACAAUAAACUAUAGUUUGAAUCAUCAUACCAUACUUAUAUAUGUUCUGUAAAACAGUCUAAGUUUUGUUUCACAUAAUUCCACUGCAUAAGUAUUGCAAUGUAAUACAGUUUAUUACAUGUUAAUUUGUUAAGUUUGGGGAAGGGGGUGGUAGAUAUAGCAAGCAUACAAAAUGGUGUUUAUCAGUACCAAAGCAAACCAUAACCAUCUAAAUAAAUGAAAUCAUUAAGUCAA